AUGUCUGAGGCCCGACAGCGAACUCUGUCCACCUCCGGAGAGUCUCUGUACCAGGUCCUGGGUCUGGAGAAAGGCUGUACUCAUGAAGACAUCAAGAAGUCCUACAGGAAACUGGCCCUGCGCUACCACCCGGACAAGAACCCAGACAAUCCAGAGGCAGCAGAGAAGUUUAAGGAGCUGAACGGCGCCCACUCGGUUCUGUCGGACCUCAGCAAGAGGAACAUCUAUGACAGCUACGGCUCACUGGGCCUCUACGUGGCCCAGCAGUUUGGAGAGGAGAACGUCAACACCUACUUCAUGCUGUCCACCUGGUGGGCCAAGGCUCUCUGUUCGGUGUGUGCAGUCCUGACAGGGUGUUACUGCUGCUUCUGUCUGUGCUGCUGCUGUAACUGCUGCUGUGGCAAGUUGAAGCCUGCGCCCCCUGCCGACGAGCCAGAAUGCUACGCCUCCCCCGAGGACCUGGAGGAGGAGCUACGCAAUGACGUCACCGAUGGAGAGAUUCCUGUUGUCCAGCAGCCAACCAGCACCAGCGAGAAGACCCAGCUGAUUUCUGACGGACACCGCAAAUACGGAGACAACUAUGCCUGA